AAUCGACUCAUUUAAAUAUGCAUUCCGUGUGAGCCUGGGACUUGGCGAUGCCUUUACUUUCCCCAUAACGCUAUGUACUAGCUCCCAUUCAUUUGUAGGCCUAAACUAAAAUACAUACUGAAUACCAUUAGGGUUUACGGAAUGGGACCAAGAAGACGGUAGCGCCUCAAAACGACCACACUCGCGCCGAGGUCCAUUUUAAUCCGGAGAAAAAACUUGGAGGAACGAAGAUACUCCCGAACUUCUUCGAAUCGGCCAGACCAGCGAUGGUGAACAGCAGGGUGGUCGAGGCUCCCGCCGUAGCGGUGAUGGGCGGCGGUGGGGGCGGAGGCGUCGGCGUCGGCGGUGGAGGAGGCGGCGGCGGCGGCGGCGGCGGAGGCGGCGGCGCGGUCGUGGCCAGGAGGCUUUGCGGUGGCUGCGGGGACCGCAUCGCCGACCGCUUCAUGCUCUUCUCCAUGGAGCGCUACUGGCACACGCGCUGCCUGAAGUGCUCCUGCUGCCACGCCCAGCUGGGGGAGUACAGCAGCACCUGCUACAGCAAGGGGGGCAUGAUCCUCUGCAAGAACGACUACAUCAGGCUCUUCGGACACAGCGGUGCAUGCAGUGCUUGUGGCCAGACGAUCCCAGCCAGUGAGAUGGUGAUGCGGGCGCAGGGCAAUGUUUACCACGUUAAGUGUUUCACCUGUGCUACCUGUAGAAACCGGUUGAUGCCCGGGGACCGCUUCCACUACAUCAACGGAACCAUCUUCUGUGAACACGACCGGCCCGGGGGGGGGCUGCUCAGCCACCCCACCUCCCUGAUGCCAGACCAGAAGGUGUGCUGAGGAGAUGAAGAAGAGAAAAAACCAAACACGUGCCUUACCCCCACCCGGCCCGGCCCCUCCCACUCUCCAGCCACCCCCCCCACCCCCCCCAGUGUCUCCUUCCCUGACGUCACCGCGGUGGACUUCCUGAACCCCGCGAGACUCUGGAGCGAUCGCCAUGGCAGCCAAGACACCGCUUCACCCGGUGGGAUGAAGCUUUGGACCAUAUGUACCGGUUCUUAUACAUACAGCACACUCAAACCUGGGGGAGGAGCUACGGACAGACCGACCACCCUGAAAGACUGUCGCAGCCCAGCGACAAGACGAACCACAGAUUCAUUCAUUCAUUCAUUCACGGAACGCGUUCUAAUGACUCUUAGGAUCGGGAUCAUCGUCGGUGGCCGUUGAAUCACGAAGAAGAGCAGAAGGCACCAUCGCUAAGCUAAGAGGAUCAAUACGAGAACACGUGUAUUCACCGAACAACACCGUGGGCGGUAUAUCUUGUGAUGUUAUUAACUGUUGAAUGUUCCCUUACGCUGCUGCAAGGAACAUUUAAAACAGCCUGUUAUGACAGAAGGAAAAAUGUUAUCAUCAAACAUAUAUAUAUAUAAAUAUAUAUAAGAUGUCAGGAGGAAUAUGUCUGGAUUUUAACAUUGUGGAACAUAUACGACCGUAUUCGUGUCAUCAUAAUGACAGGUUUCAUUUUUUCACAUAACUCGACUGGAACUUCUCCUGAUGGUUUAUCUUUUUAUGUCAUUGUUUUGGAGAACAUUUACUUCGGAAGUCUGCAGUCCGUGAGCUACGUUCGUCCAACGGAGGGCAGUCCAUAGCAACAGCGUAACCACGGCGUAUGUCGUGUGACGACAUGCGCCGAUGAUCUCAUCCUCCUGUUUGUGUUAGUAAGGUGAUGGUAUGGUGGGACCUGUCAGGGCAACGCUUUUCAGUGGCGGAGGGAUGGAGGCAUUUUUAGGGCUUUUCUUUUCAAAAUCUUGCGUUCUUCUGCUCUUUUCUGCUCCCUUUCUCUUUACAACACUCAAAUCUCAGCUAAAGCUGAUAAAAUAAAGGUGUGCAGUAGUGCUUAAAAGUGAUUUUGGUUUUAAAGAAAGGAGAUUCUAAUGGCAGAACUGAUCACAUGAACAUAAUGUUGGUAUUUGUGCGUGUGCUAUGUUGUUAAGGAAUGUCUGUGUCGUUACGUUCUGCAUUUUUAUUGGCUCCAAAGCCCGUCGUUCCAAUGCUAAACAUUUGAGAGAGAGAGCGUAAAAACAAAGCGUUUGCCAAAAUAAUGUUUAAUGUGCCAUUCACCUGUGUCUUUCCUGUUAGCGAGUUUAGAGGGAUUUAGCAGUUGCCGUUGGUGUCUCUAUCAUCUGAAUAACUCCUAAAAAAGGAUUGACGAUGACAUUAAUUCAUUUUGUUGUAAUUAUUUAAAUAUUUAUUUAAAAAGCGACAAAUACAACGGUGAAUGCAGACAAUGUUGCCGGUGAAACACAGUGUUCUCAUCUGACGUUUGAAUCUUUUUGCUUAUGAAUCUAAAGUGAUCCGUGUGAAAUAUGGGAGAAUGGAGAGUUUGACGCCAGUUGUCUGCUUGGCAAAUGCCAUCCGUUUUUUCUAAAUUUCUCAACCUUAUUGGAUUUCCUUUUGGAUGCACACUGUCAAAACAAUUAUGAACGAGAAAUUCAACUGAACACAAUCAUACAAAGCCUGUUUGAUCUUAUAACAUUAAAUUACAAUGACAUUAUGAAAUAAAUUAAAGGGAUCAGCAUGGUCUCUUUAUGUUUUCUUUGGUUCCAUUAUAAAAAAAAAUGCAAACGUGCCAAGUGCAACCAUUUACAAUAAGCUCAUUCUCAUCUGGUCUCCGUCCAACGUAAACACAUAUUCUUCAAUAAGCCACACAUUUGUGAAGUAAUUUUCUCGUAUCAAUUUCUCACGCCAUUGUCCACUUCAAUAAUCACAUGACAUGGUCCGUAUCUUCCGGUUAGACUUCUUGAUGACGCUGCAUCUACCAGCAGCUGCUAUGCGGUCAGUCAUAGCAAAACCCUGUUCCUAGCAGCUUAAUAUCUCCCGAUUAUUGAUGUUAAAUAGUGGUGAUGGUGGUUGGAUUACCUAUAGUGGGUUAGUUGUUUGUGUGAUCCUGAAGUGUAUGACCCACGUUAAGGUCACUAUGACCCCUGUGACCUCUUGUGCCUAUCUGUUUCAAUGGUGUGGUCUAUUCUGUGCCAUGAUUUUGUUUUUGUUUUGUUUUGGGUGUUUCUUUUGUUGCCUUAGCAAUUUUGUUUUACACUGUGCUGGAAAGUACAUAAAGUAAAGUCAAUAAAUAUAGUAUUAUUAAUUCUC